UUCUUACAAAGACUUUUUGACAUCUCCUCCAGCUAUUAUAUAGUCUCUUUUUUUCUUUUCUGCAUUCACAUAAUAUUUCCCCUAUAUAGUUUACACAACAUCAUACCCACCAAUAUAUAUUAUCUUGAUCAUAGAGAGAUAAACAGAGACAGAUAUCAAUAACAAUACUUAGACCAAGAUCAAGAACAAGACAUCACUAGGAGUACUAGAAGAAUGGGAAGAGCACCGUGUUGUGACAAAGCAAACGUGAAGAAAGGGCCUUGGUCUCCUGAGGAAGAUGCAAAACUCAAAUCUUACAUUGAAAAGAGUGGAACAGGAGGCAAUUGGAUCGCUUUGCCUCAGAAGAUUGGUUUAAAGAGAUGUGGGAAGAGUUGCAGGCUGAGGUGGCUUAACUAUCUGAGACCAAACAUCAAACAUGGUGGCUUCUCUGAGGAAGAAGAAAACAUCAUUUGUAGCCUCUAUCUUACUAUUGGUAGCAGGUGGUCUAUAAUCGCUGCUCAAUUGCCGGGACGAACAGACAACGAUAUAAAAAACUAUUGGAACACGAGGCUCAAGAAGAAACUUAUUAACAAACAACGCAAGGAGCUUCAAGAAGCUUGUAUGGAGCAGCAAGAGAUGAUGGUGAUGAUGAAGAGACAACAACAACAACAACAAAUCCAAACUUCUUUCAUGAUGAGACAAGACCAAACAAUGUUCACAUGGCCACUACAACAUCAUCAUGAUCAGGUACCAACACUUUUCAUGGAUAAAACCAACUCGUUUUGCGACCAAGAAGAUGCUAAGCCAGUGAUCAAGAUCGAAGAUCAGGAACUGGAGAGAACAAACCCUCAUCAUCAUCAAGAUUCGAUGACAAACGCUUUUGAUCAUCUCUCUUUCUCUCAACUCUUGUUAGAUCCUAAUCAUAACCACUUAGGAUCAGGAGAGGGUUUCUCCAUGACCUCGAUCUUGAGCGCCAACGCAAACCCUCCAUUGCUUAACACAAGUAUUAAUGAUCAUCAGUGGUUCGGGAAUUUCCAGGCCGAAACCAUCAACUUGUUCUCAGGAGCCUCCACAAGUACUUCGGCAGAUCAAAGCACCAUAAGUUGGGAAGACAUAAGCUCUCUUGUUUAUUCUGAUUCAAAGCAAUUUUGUUAAUUAAUAUAUUAUUCUCAAGAUGAAACGUACAUCAUUAUUAUUAUUAAUUCGGGUAAUGCAAAGCUAGCUAGGGUACGUAUAUAUGCAAUAACGAUCUACUUUGUUUAAAUUUAUUGA